UCCUCCAUGCAUGCCAUGCCAUGCCAUGCGAUUUCAGCUAUAAAUAGCUAUGCCUGGGCCUGCAGAAGCUUCAGACACAGAGGCCGAGGAGAAGAUAAGAGGAUGGAGAGUAAGAACUUAGGGGCCGAGUCGAAGACCGUUAUAGCCGAGGAGGAGAGGGCGGAGAAAAAAAAGGAAUUGGAAGAGAAGGAAGCUGAGGAGUCUGUGGAGUGUCACCAUCAUAGCUCCGAUUCUAACUCUAAUUCGAAAUCUGGCUCUGAAAGUGGCUCCGAUAGUAGCUCUAAAUCUGGCUCCAGAUUACUAAAGGAUGGUAAAGAAAAAUCCAAGGAGAAAAUUUACAGGAAGAAGCACAAGAAGAAGGGUUUCAAAGGGAAGCUGACGGUGAAAGCAAGCAAAACAGGAGAUGAAGAAGCGCUGGCUAUUACAGAUGAAGACAAGCUUGGAUGCAAAAGCGAUUCCAGUUCCAGUUCCAAAUCCAGCUCCAAAUCUUCCUCCAGUUCUAAAUCUGUCUCGAGCAAAUCUGUCUCCAGCAAAUCUAGCUCUGAUUCUAAAUCCGACUCAGAUUCCGGAGGAGGCAAAAAGAAAAAAAAGAAGAAGAAAGGGCUGAAGCAAAAGAAAACAGAAAGUUCUACUGAAGAGAAUAAAGUGUCAGAAAAGGGCAAGCUCACAGAAGCAGGACAAGAAAUUGAGGCAAAAGGUGCAGAGAAAACAGAUGACGCAGCAACAUCAAAGGAAGAAAUAAAGCAUGAGCUGCUGCCUGUUUCUAAAAAUAACAAGGCUGAAGAAAUUACUGAAGCUGCUACUGAAGGGAACUAAUCACCAUUAAAAUGUGAUUUAAAUAAAUAUGAGUGCUUAUUAUACCUUAUGAGAUGUGUGAAUAUAAUGUAUGCAUGAUUGUUGAUUGUCUUUCUCAAGUAUGUGGUUUGUGUCAUGAAUGACAAUUCUUAAAUAGAGGAGGCAAACUGAAUGCCCUACUUAUCCAUGUGAAGGAAAUAUGUAUAUGGAAUAAAGUAAAUUAUGGUAUUUUUCAUUAUUCUA